AGCAAUAAUUUAUGGGGCAAUUAAAAUUGCUCGCGAAGCCUUGCGUUCUGUGUAAUAUAAUAUUUCAGUUUAAUAAAUUUAAUGGAAAGUACUAUUAGUUUGUCUAAGGAAAUGUGUUAAUUGUUCCAUCUACUGGCUUUAAAAUUAGAGAAGUGCAAAAUUAUUUAUAAUUGAAAAUAAAAAUACGGAAUAAUUGUUUUUGUUCUCAAAAAUAAUGAAGUGAUAGUUUCACUGCCUAUGUAGUCAAUAUUUGUGUAGUAGUGAAAAUAACUUGACACAAUAAAAGCAACUUACAUCUAACUGGUUAUAACGGAAAAUUGUUAAAAGAAAAAAUUCAUGACUGUUUACAUGUUGUCAUCACUAAAGCAUGUCAUUGAACUCGAAUUUUUGAUUAUUUCUCUAUGGAUUAAUAGUUCUGCUUAGCAAAGUGUUAAAGGGAAAGGGCCCCAUGACAGUCUUUUCUCAACUUUUCAUUAAUUUAUGGGUAAUGAAACUGCUAGAGACAUGGAGACUGAAUCGGUAAAAUCUGAAAAUAGCUCAAGAUCUAGGAGAUCUAGGAGUCAUCGAGAUAGAAAUAAUUAUAGACAACAUUCGCAUCGUAGUACUAGGAGUAGUAAAUCGAGGAAAAACGAAGACAUGGCUCCUUUCCAAACCGCUGUGACUUUGACACCUGAUAAUCGGGAUGGUCAAGAAGUUAUAGAAGUCCAGAUCCUGCCACAGGAUGAUAACUGGGGAGAAAAUACCACUGCCAUAACAGGUAACACUUCAGAACAAUCGGGAUCAACGGAAGAUGUUAGCAACUGGCCAGGUGAACCUGACACGGGGCUCAGUUUUAUGUGCCAGCGUUACAUAGGAACCGUAUUUACUUAUAUUCUAUCCAUUGUGGCCUUCUUAAGUCCUCUCGCUAUGGUAGUGUUGCCAAAAUUAGGGUUUUUCCCUGCUCUCUCGUCUCGAUUAGGCCUUGCGGACAGCGCAAAGUUACUCGCCUGUGGCGCUGAAUGUAAAGGCCAGUUAGUCUCCUUAGCCUUUAAAAUGGCGAUUCUUGCUGUUGGUGCUUGGGCGGUUUUCCUCAGAAAACCUCACGCUACACUGCCAAGAUUUUUCCUGUUCCGUGCCGCAGUUCUGGCCUUCGUUUUAGUUUGCAGUUUUGCUUACUGGCUGUUCUACAUUGUGCAGGUCACGGAGACAGCUAGGGCAGCUACCACGCCUGAGGAAACCGUCGAUUAUAAAGCCUUAGUGGCGUACGCUUCUAGUUUGACUGACACAUUGUUAUUUAUACACUAUUUAGCCGUAGUUUUAGUUGAAAUUCGUCAUUUACAACCGAUGUACUAUAUCAAAAUAGUACGUAGUCCUGAUGGGGCGAGUAAAGCCUAUGGAAUUGGUCAGUUGAGUAUACAACGUACCGCAGUGUGGGUACUUGAAAAGUACUACACAGAAUUUCCCAUUUAUAAUCCAUAUUUGGAACGUAUCCCAGUGUCAAAGUCCCGUAAGACUUCUUCUAGUUUUAAGUUUUAUGAAGUAGAUGGGGUGAAUAAUUCCCAAAUUCAGCAGUCUCAGUCACGUGCUAUGUUGGCGGCACAUGCCAGGAGGCGGGACUCAAGUCACAAUGAGCGAUUUUAUGAAGAACAUGAGUACGAGAGGCGAGUGAAGAAACGUAGGGCUAGGUUGAUUACAGCAGCUGAAGAGGCUUUCACACAUAUUAAACGUUUACAUAACGAUCAAGUGUCCGCCAUUCCGAUGGAUCCGCAUGAAGCAGCACAAGCUAUAUUCCCUUCUAUGGCUAGAGCGUUGCAGAAAUAUCUUAGAAUUACAAGGCAACAACCCCGGCACUCGGUAGAGACUAUAUUAUCUCAUCUCGCCAAUUGUUUGAGUAACGACUUAACACCCAAAGCAUUCUUAGAACCGUAUUUAAUAAGUGAUCCGGUGCUGCAAAACGACAAAGAGAAAAAGGAAGUCCAAACGUGGGCUUUGAUUUGUGAGGAUUUAUUGACUAGGCCAAUCGGUGACGGCACUUUGUUUCAGCUUAGACAGAACGAUGUUUCUUUGUUGUGUGUUAUUAAAAAAUUACCUCAUUUCAACAUAACGGAAGAAGUGGUCGACCCCAAGAGCAAUAAGUUUGUUUUAAGGUUAAACUCGGAGACGUCUGUAUGACCAAUAGAAAAUUCCAGAUCUUUCGAUAGACUGAUUUAGUUUACAUAUCCAGUAUAAUGAAUGUAGCAUAACCUCGUACUAGUUUGUCGUAAUUUAUACUGGAAUUUUAUUCAGUGCCUAUUAGCUUGUUCGUGGUUUAACGUAAAUUUAGUAGUGGUUACAAGAAGCUAAGUGUUGUGAAUUUGCACAAAUGUUUUUUAUUUUUUUACAAGUCGACUAGUGGGUACUGAAUAAUUUGUUUUUCUGACACGUGUAUGUUUCCCAAAAUUGUACAUGAAAUUUUAUACAAAUUCCUCAGAUAUUAAAAGUAUGAAUCUAUACCAAAAGUUAUAAAUAAUUAAAAUGAACAAAAAUACUUAGUAACCGUCAGCUUUAUUAUAUUUAUUAUAAGUUUUACUUUGUACCUAGAAUGCAAGUCGAACAAUAAUUUUUGUAUUUAUUUUUAUAAUGUAAUCUUUAAUGUGAUAUAACUGUAUUUUUUUGUACUUAAUUUUACAGCUGCUAUGGUGUAAUGCUCAAUAUUUUUUUAUAAUUUAUUUCCAUUAUUACUUAAGUUAACAAACAACAAACAUUGGCAACUCUCGCACAAAUGUACUAAUAAUAUUUUACUCUUGAUUCCAUGACAUUUUCUCUUGUCCUGAAAAUAUGUAAUACUCGAUACUCAGUGUGCAAUUUUAUAUGAAAGAACUGAAAACAAUUUUUUCCCUUAACAAUGUGUAAGCGGUAUCAAGUAAGAUUUAUUAAGAAUUCAGUAUUCUAAAUGGAUGACAUUAAUGUAAAUGUAGCUUUUUAUAAAUAACUGUAUGUAAACUAUAUAUAAUGUAAAAGUGUGUUAAAUAAAUGUACUGGUUUUUGA